AUGUCUCGCAAGCCCAGAUGGCAAAGGCGCUCAAGAUGCUUGGAAGAAGCUUGUGCCUUCACAUGCCAAGAGGCUUAUGGAAUGGCUGGCAUGCCGAUGCCCAUGCCCAUGAUGGGAGCCUUUCCGCCGAUGGUCUUUGACCCAAGCAUGCUGGCCAUGCAGGGCUUGGAGGGCUAUGAUGCAAAUGCCUAUUUGAUGAACAACUUCUAUCCAAUGAUGCAAAUGGAUGCGUAUGCCAACUUGGCGGCCAGUACUCAAGCCUUGGCAGGCUACGCGCAGUCUCCUCAGACAUGCCGGAUGCUUUGGCUGGCUGGAGUGAAGCUUUGUGCGCAAACCGGCAUGCCAGAUCAGGGGUGCGGGGUCAUCGUGGCUGUUUCCAUUUCCGUGCUGAAGCAUGGGACUGCCGUGCGUCGAGUUGCCGAGGAGGAGCUCGUUGUGCUGGGAGAUGCAGCUUUGCAACGAUCACCCGGACGUUGGCCGUACUUCGAGGUUCAGUUGGACAAAUGCGGCGAGGGCAUAGGUGACAGUGUCAACGACUUUGGUUUUGGAGUCACAGCCUGUGACCCUCAGGAGAUUGAAGAGUUGGGGUCUGUCGCUGACGAGGUUCCGCGAUCCUGGGUCGUAGAUUUCACCCAGUCCAUGGUCUGCCUCAGCAUCAACAACCAUGAGGCUGCACAGGGGAAGCGCCUCUCAGCGGCGGCUUUGAAGCAGGGGAGUUGUGUUGGAAUGCUGGUAAAACCGAUGUCGAUUGAGAUCUACAUCGAUGGUGUGCUGCAAGAAAGCCUGCCCAUGGAGGAGCGGGUGCCGGACAACAUCAGUCUCUUCCCCGUGCUUGACUUGUAUGGCCGGACGAUUGAAAUCUCGAAAACCGAUGCUGAGGAGCCCCGGAAGCCUCGGAAGUCGUGUACGACCUAUAUCCUGACUGCAGCACUUGCCUGCAUUGCAUGCUUUUCGAUGUGGCUUUACAGGCUGUUCCAGAGCCAACAGCCCAUGUUUCCGUUCCAGCAGCGCCAAAUUGAAGGAAUUUCCGAGAAUGUCGUCAGACGAACCUUGCCGCAGAUUUGGCCCAAGAGGGAGAAGCUAUCCAAAAUGGGAAUGCCAGACCAGGCGCGCGAAGAUCGCUCGCGCUCUCCGCCGGCUGCUGCAAAGCAUGGCGGCAGGCUGAGCGUUUCGCCUCUGACCGGGCGAUUUGGGGCGUUGGUUGAAACGCCGCUUACUGCAGAAAGGAUUCUCUCAGAUCCUGGCAUUGGAGAGGAGCUGCUUCGAGCUUGGCAGGGCUUUGGGGGGCUGCUCGUGCUUCGAGGCUUGAAGGACCUGCAACCUUCUCAAUUUGUGGGCAUCAGCGCCUUAUUCGGAGAGGUUGAGGACGAGCUCGAUGACAGCAAGAAAAGGUUCGCUGUGCACGGCGAAACCAAGGUCAUGCGCAUUGGCAACACGCGCGAUCCAGAAACGAAGAUGGCCACAUCUCUGAAUGCCAAUGAUCCUCCGCUGCCGGAAGGAGGCUCUCAUCAAUACCGUCUGGACGAUCGCAGACCUUUUUGGCACACUGACUCUGUGUACAGGAAAGAGCCACCAAUCGGCUCCCUGCUCUACUGCAAGCGGCAGCCCCCCUCCGGCGGAGCUACCUGCUUCGCCGACGCCUCGGCCGCUUACGAGGCUCUUGAGGCCAAGCUCAAAGAGAAGCUGAAGACUUUGGAGUGCAUCUGCUCGCAGGCACAUCAUGAUGCAAAGAUUCAUCGCACUUCGCCGGACUUCCCGACACUCACCCCGGAGCAGCGCGCAGCUAGCCCCGCUCAGAGAGUGCCGAUGGUUUUGCACCACCCGCUAACCGGGCGCCCUUCACUGUAUGGAUUCAACGGCGGCACCUGCAGAAUCCUCCCCAAAGAGGUAGAGGUCACAGCUGAGGAGCUGGACCACUACGAGCUAGAGGCCGAGGAGCACAACUCCGUGCAGGAGCAGUGGCGAUCCUUACUUCCCUUCGUGACAUCUCCUCAAUUUACGAUCAAAUGGGAGUGGACUCCGGGAGACCUGGUGCUCUGGGACAAUCGCUGCACGAUGCACUGCGCGACAGUCGUUGAGUGCUCAAUGCUUGUACAGAAGCUCUUUCCAAUCUUGGUUGUGCAGAUCUGCUCCGUCUGCCGAGCCUUUCGGCACGCGGAGCACAACGGGCACACCGUGCAGCAUGCGCAGCUGUCGCAGCAGCGUUCAGGUGUCUGUGCCACAGCUGCGGCCGGCGAAAGGCCAAAUUCUUUCGUUCUCGACUACAAGGAUGCCCGCCAUGUGGACGCAAUGCAGCUAUGGUCUUUGAAGACGUCCGCCACCUGUGAAGGCCUGGAGGCAUGCAAGGUGGCGGUGACUCCAGACAUUGACUCGGCCUUGCCAUCGAAAAAAUCACGCAUGCUGAUCAAUGUCUAUGCAAAUUGCUCGCUUCAUGGCGGCGAGCUCUUUCUGUGCCCUUCACAUGGAGGGGCCUCCUGUGUUGCUUCUGUUCGCCUGGCCAGGCGAUAUUUCCGGCCACGAGUCUUGUUCAGCUUCAUGUUUGAUUCGACCAGGAUGCAGGUGCUUGACAACCGGCGUCUCUUCACUGAUGAAGUUCUCGAGAUUCUGCUCCUCACCGAGCUGGUGGCCACGGCAGGCGCACUUCUCUGGUUUGCUUUCGAAUUCAUGUCUUCCUCCAACGCGAGCCGGGAGGCGAAGAGUCCUAGCCCUGAUUCGAAGCUUCGGAUACCGACGGCCUUCGACAUAAUGUUGGAAGGACUUUUGGACGCCUUGUGUUUCAUAUUCGGCUGUGUGCUUUGGCUGCUGGCAUCUUCGCAGUUCUUGCACAAGUACGGGUCUGAAAGUCGCGAAGUCGACUCUAUCAUCCUUUGCGUGCCCGUCAUCUUCGGUCCAGCAGCUCUUCUUCGGAUCUUCCUGUCCAUGAUUCGAAGGCAGCUUUAUCAUGCCCUGUUUCGGCAUGGGGUGUUGCUGAAGCUCGAGCAGACGCCUCUUUCCCGUGAUAUCUUGCUGAUAUGGUCCGGUUUGGGCUUGGUCCUGGCAAUUUCUGCUGUACUGCGUGGGCUAUUUCUGGCAGUGCAGACUGGACACACAAGCCUUGAUGUGAUUGUGACACAGCUGUUGGUGUUUAUAUCGCCUCUCUACACGAUUGUCUCAGCCGUGCUGUACUCCCUGGACAUGGAGUCUGCAUGUUUGAAACGCAAGUGCGUGAUAGAGUUGGAAAAUGUGGGCGAAAGGUUGUCAGUAAGCACAGAUCGUGAGGUCACAGUCCUGUCAGAGCAUGAACUCUGUGCAGCUGCCAGCACGGUGACGUCUGCAUCGGACUUUGUGAACCUCAGUGGAAACGGGCCUGCGGCAGAAGGCUGUGGCCUUCGCCUCUCCACAUGGGACAUGAGGUGGGCAAGUCGCCUUGUUAGCCAAACCUGCCGAGAACAUCGGAUGGCGCUAUUACUGUUUAUGCCGGUGCUUGCAAUCUGCAUCUUGGCCCUCAACCUGACCUCAACGCUGCUUUGUAUUAAGCACCGCAGUGAUAUGCCGCAGCUCUCCUCUUUGCAGUCAACAAUUGGGGAGUUAACGCCCCCACUAUCUCCUGAGAUUCGGGAACACGCACUUUAUGUCGACAUCAUGCGCCGAGCGCUCUCCAUUGAGGCUGGCAUGGACGAUUCUCAGACGACAUCUUUGGAGGUGUCGAUCGAAGGAGAUGCAAGUCCACCGCAGGAGUCUCGAUUUCAGCUGGACAGCUUGCGCUCUACCAAAGUUAGACUUCACCGUGAUGGUGCUGCCUACCCCACGACCAUUGCGAUCAAGGCGACGACUCGCAUAGAGGCAGAGAAAUACCGACUUCAGAUCGUGCAAAUUACGACGGUUCUCCGCACCUUGGUGCUGACUGGUGAGACAUCCAAUGGCAUGAAGUACAGGCGCUGCGUUUUCGGGAAUUGGUUAUCACACGGCCAUCUUGCACUACCGCAACACCUUCAAAGCCUCCGGAUCGAAAUCACGUAUUCGAACGUUCCCUACGGAAUCCCGUUCAGUUCUGCCCAGGCAGACAGGUUCUCGACCGUGUACGUACCGAUGAACAUACCGAUGAAUCCAGGGGACUGUGAGCGAUACUGUCUACAGGAGAGCAGAUGCUUCGAGUCCAGGAUUUCCAGCACGAGAGGCUGCUUCUUCAUUUUUGGGCCCAGCGAUUUGACAUGUGAGCAACUGCAUGUGCAAGAUGACAGGGGUCAGCAGGCGCCUUUCCCGCUUCAUCUCCUGGCGGAGCUGUGCUCUAAAGGUCGUACUGCGUGCACCUCGUUGGGGCGCGGUUCGCCACAACACUUGCUGCUGGACUUGCUGAAGGACAACUUCUCAAAUAGCACUGCGUCCCUGAAGACCUACAUUAACUCCAGCGGGUCCGUAUUCCCGUUGAAACAGAAUGACAUAGCAUUCCAUCUCGGCACUCCGCCCCUCAAGACUGUGCUUGUUGAGGCCCGGCAGGAUGAGAUGAAAGUUUCGGUGAAAACUCGAAAGAUCGACUCUGGCUUUCGCUUCGAGGUGGUGUUGAUCUACGAUCCAACCCGCACAGCUUCUCCGUGGAACAACAGCUCUUUAAACGUAAGCCUGGCAGGCAUUCCCGAAGAUUCGAGUUUUUUGUUGCAAUGGGAAGGUGGGGAGACGGCGGUGUCCUCGGCAGAGCAAGCUCCGUUUCGGGUUGGGCAGUGCGAUGAUGGCUUCUCCCUUCACCAUUACAGGGUUUGUGGGGGCCAUUUUGACUCGCCAGUCACGACAAUCAGAGUUGAUCCAUGGGCCCCAACCCAGUCUGUCUACGGGUUAUUGAAUUCCACUGCACCGUGGUUGAACCAGGCACAGACUGUGGAGGUGCGGCUUACAACUCCAGACAAUUUGGAGCCAAUGCAGUCCUUGAUCCGAAAUUCCUGCAACAUACCCGUUUGUUUGGGUGGCUUCAAUGAAUGCGUAUCUCGUUGGCAUUGCAACAAGAAGAGCUCAUGUUUCCACGCCUGUAGCCAAGAAGCGCGUCGCAACUGCAGCAGAGAGCGCGAGACUGGGUCUCAGUUCGUUGCUGUCAUCUCGCCGAAGUUCGGGACAGGCUUGGUGAACUCAUACAAGAAGUUAGGUCUCACUGCAAUUGCGGAGCCCGAGCCUGGGAUGGAGAAGCACUUCACACGCGAGGUGAUCAAGGAUGUCGCUGCUCACUGUGGGAUCAAGUCUGGGAUGCUGCACCUCGUGUUCCACAGACUCCGGUCGCUUCAGCAAAGUCCACAGAAAGCGAGAGCCAUGCAGCUUUUCCAGCGUCUGUCACAGAACCCGGACUUUCGGGAAAAACAGCGGGUGUUGAAAAGCCCACUCCUAGCUCCGGUUAAAGAUAUCUUACCGACGUCAUGGAUGUCUUUGAAGGAAGUGGUGCUUUACUCUCCGGAAUUUGCUCAGCUGCAAUAUACCUUGUGCCUGAAUGCUCCCAUGCCCAGUGACGCAGGGAGUAUCUUGUCGGCUCUGUUGGACAAAAUUGCCGCUGCUGACGAUUCGAAAGAGUACGCCGCCAGUUCUCGCUGGGAACACACCCUUUCUUCCCUCAUCCAGUGCAUGCAGGACAAAAAGAAGACUCCGUUUCCACCCUCUUCUUGCAGGAGCGAUAUGGGAAACAUGGACCAACCCUCUCUUUUCCAUAAGGCAUCAACGCCUUCUGCGUUCGAGCUCCUGCUGCCACUGUGUGACACCUCCAAGGCUAUGGACGCCACUCAGAGCUCAGUGCUCCACCUGGCGGCUCAGAAGAACUGGUCAGAAAGCUUGAAAGCGGUGCUGAAAAGGCCCGGAAAGUUCAUCCCUGAUAUUAACGGUCGACGGACUGAAACACUCUCACCACCUGAAGCGCAAUAUGAAUGGGUGGUGAUCGAGAACCUGACGCCCCUGCAUGCCGCGGUCCGCUCGCGGUGUUAUGGUUGCACCGAGGACUUGCUACAUGCUGGUGCUGCCGUGAAUCUGACUGUUGAUAUUGUCGCAACUGCAGGUGUCAGCUACGUACCAACGGGACUGAACCGACUAGGCUAUGCAGAGCGCGAUGCAUCGCUGCAUGGAUUAUCACCCUUACAUCUAGCCUCUGCCAGUGGAUGCGUGGAAUGUAUCCGACUGUUGGUCGAUGCGAAUGCCCCCAUCAACUCGGAGAGUAUCCUCGCAGACCAGGACGUAUCGUACGAUGACGAGGCCAGGCAGGUCAAAGAGAUGGGCAAUUGCACUUUGCGUCCGCUGGACAUUGCUUUGAGUCACUGCAAGCCGUGCGCACGGGAGCUUCUACGUGCAGGUGCAACUUUCGAGCAUAUUGUUGUGCCGGUGCACUGGAGCUGGGGCAACCCUCGCAAACACAACAACUUGCAAGAAUCUCUGGCUAUGGUUCCGAAUGCGACAGUUCGUGUUUGCCCGAACUGGUUUUUUUCAGAGGACCUGGCUCAGUCGAUGCGGCUCCUGGCAUCUCUUAAGUCCGUACACAGCAUGGACAAGAUUGAGAGAUAG